AUGGUUUACGAAGUUCAGCAAAACACGAUAGAAUUAGACAAAUUAGAAAAAGAGCGCCUUGUAAUUCGUGAGGAACUCUACUCCAAGGAAUCGCUCUUGCAAAAUGAACGACGAAUGUCGCAGGAAUUGCGGGCUCGUUUGAAAUUAGCGAUGGAAACGAUUAACCGUUUGGAAGAGGAGAAAAUACGCUAUAAAAUUGAUUUUUCUAAUUUGUCGAUCAAUCAUGACAGCGUGGUCAAGGAACGGGACAUUUUGGCGAAGGAAACAUUAUCCAGUCAAACGGAAGCGGCAAAAUUCAAAAUUAAAGCAGAGGGGUUAGAAAAGGCGCUGCAACGGGAAACGCGACGGAAAGAGGAACUAGAACGAGCAUUAUUUGAAUUCAAAAAUGACAAUGAGGGAAUUAUUGCAAACAUUGACAUGAAUAUCACUAAAAUCUCAAAGGAACAAAAACUUUUGUUAGAAAAUGCUAAAGCUGUAAUGUACUUAAAUAAACGACUACAAACGUUUGGACUCGCUUUUCACGGAAUAAACGAAAGAAACAAAGCUGAGAUCAAGAAUCUACGGAAGAAAUUAAUUGCCAUCUCGAUGAAUGAGUCGAAAUCAUUAUCACUUAACGAGAAAUUGCAUCCGGAAAUAGAAAAUUUAUGCUUCAAGUUGACAGAAAUGUUGAUGGAGCAGAAAUCUAAGAUGCAAGAUUCCGCAUUAAUUGAGGAAAGUUUAAACAAAAUUUUACAGGAAUUGACAUACAUGUGCAACAGUCAGCAUAGAAUGGUUAACCAAGAAAAAUAA